UGGUCAUCUCCUGUACUAUGUCCGCAGUCUCUGGUCAUCUCCUGUACUAUGUCCGCAGUCUCUGGUCAUCUCCUGUACUGUGUCCGCAGUCUCUGGUCAUCUCCUGUACUGUGUCCGCAGUCUCUGGUCAUCUCCUGUACUGUGUCCGCAGUCUCUGGUCAUCUCCUGUACUGUGUCCGCAGUCUCUGGUCAUCCCCUGUACUGUGUCCGCAGUCUUUGGGCAUCUCCUGUACUGUGUCCGCAGUCUCUGGUCAUCUCUUGUACUGUGUUCGCAGUCUCUGGUCAUCUCCUGUACUGUGUCCGCUGUCUCUGGUCAUCUCCUGUACUGUGUCCGCAAUCUCUGGUCAUCUCCUGUACUGUGUCCGCAGUCUCUGGUCAUCUCCUGUACUGUGUCCGCAGUCUCUGGUCAUCUCCUGUACUGUGUCCGCAGUCUCUGGUCAUUCCCUGUACUGUGUCUGUAGUC